AUGGCCGUCAAAACGGACAUGAGCAAGGCCUAUGACAGGAUCGAAUGGGGCUUCCUCCGGGCGGUUCUAGAGCUCUUGGGGUUCGAUCAGACUUGGAUCUCGUGGGUUAUGAGUUGUGUGGAGACGGUUACCUAUUCCUUCCUGAUCAACGGAGCUCCUAUGGGUUCAGUUACCCCAUCCCGUGGAAUACGGCAAGGUGACCCGCUAUCACCGUACCUCUUUAUACUAUGUACGGAAACUCUUUCCGCGCUGUGUGCUAUGGCUCAGCGAGAUGGUUCCCUUUCGGGAGUCCGAGUAGCUCGUGGGAGCCCGGCCAUUAACCACUUAUUAUUUGCGGAUGACACGAUGUUCUUUUGCCGCUCUAACCCGAUGAGUGUCUCCUCGUUGCUGCGGAUAAUUCAACUGUAUGAGUCCCUCUCGGGUCAGAGUAUAAAUUUCGCUAAAUCCUCCAUCACCUUCUCCGCUAAAACUCCUCCUGAGGUUAAGGCACGGGUGAAGUCUACACUGGCUAUCACAGCAGAGGGAGGAUUAGGGAAAUAUCUAGGCCUUCCCGAACACUUUGGCCGGAAGAAGCGAGAUAUCUUUGCAUCCAUUCUCGACAGAAUUAGGCAGAAGACUCUAAGCUGGAAAAACCGCUUUCUCUCAGGGGCAGGAAAGGAGAUCCUCCUCAAAGCGGUCCUCACGGCUAUGCCGGCGUAUACGAUGUCCUGUUUCAAAAUCCCGCUAUCGCUAUGCAAACAGAUACAAUCUCUCCUCACGAGAUUCUGGUGGGACGCAAACCCGGAGCAAAAGAAAAUGUGUUGGGUAGCUUGGGAUACCCUCACACUGCCUAAGUAUGCGGGAGGCUUAGGCUUCCGGGAUAUCGAGACCUUUAAUGACGCUCUACUGGCAAAGAUUGGUUGGCGCUUGAUUCAGUCCCCUAACUCUUUGCUUGCUCAAGUCUUGCUAGGUAAGUAUGCUCGUUCUACUUCCUUCCUCGAUUGCACAGCUCCAUCGAGUAUGUCACAUGGAUGGCGGGGGAUCCUAGCUGGAAGAGAAAUCCUUAAGAAAGGACUAGGAUGGAUCGUAGGCAGCGGAGAGAAGAUCAGAGUCUGGCAGGACCCGUGGUUGUCGUGUGUCUCUCCCCAAGCACCGAUUGGCCCGAUCAAUCACCAAGAUGCGCAGCUAAGGGUUAGUGAUCUUCUAUGUCCCAUAUCAAACUCCUGGGACAAGGACAAGAUACGGGCACAUUUACCACAGUACGAAGAGCACAUCCUCACCAUUGUUACAAGCUCUGCUCCAUCUCAGGAUUCUCUGGCCUGGUUAUUUGAUAAAUCUGGUGUUUAUACCACUAAAACAGGAUAUGGAGUGGGAAUGGGCUUCUCUGAUCUCAAAGACUCCCAAGCUCCCUCCUUUGAUUGGCUCAAGAAUAUAUGGAACAUCAAAACCUCACCCAAGCUCAAGAACUUCCUAUGGAAACUGAUGCGCAAAGCGGUGCCGGUGAGCGCGAACCUGAGCCGACGCGGAGUCCCGUCCUUCAACUGUAAAACUUGUGAUGUAGAGGAAGAUGAUAUCCAUGUUUUCCUCAAGUGCAGAGUCGCGGAAAGAGUUUGGGAACUAGCUCCUUUCGCCACAACGCCACUGUCAUCCAUAUCCACUAUAGCGUCCUUGAUUGAGUGCUGCAAUACUCUUACUACUCUCCCACCUGUUGGGUUGUAUACUCCACUGUGGCUUUGGAUCCUUUGGAACCUGUGGAAGGCAAGAAACAGAUUAUGCUAUGAGAACAGGAAUUCCUCUGCAAUGAAAAUAGUGGUUAAGGCCAUCUCUGAGGCCCGGGAAUGGCAGUCUGCACAAUCCCCGCCUCUGUUUCGCGACACUCAGCUCCCCCCCAACCCAGGGAAAGCACGUGUGCAACAUCCUCUCCAAGUUCGAUCAGGUAUGCUUCUUUGCAAUGUUGAUGGAGCUUGGGAUGCAGGCACAAGGAACUGCGGCACAGGAGGAGUUUUCUCCGGGGGGGGACCACACGCUUGCUUACCUCCCAUCAGUGACUCGCGUAGUCUUGUUUCAUCGGCGUUUAUGGCUGAAGCCCUCGCCAUCCGUUCGGCGGUUAUGUAUGCCGCUUCGUUGAAUAUUAAAUCCCUUAUGAUACUGUCCGACUCCCAAUCCUUAGUGAAGCUUCUGAAGGAAAGAGGCUCGGUUCCAGCUUUGUUUGGUAUUUUAUUUGACAUCUAUCACUUUAGCUUGUUGUUUGAAUUUAUCUCCUUUUCUUUUGUACCUCGUUUGAGUAAUGUGAUGGCUGAUUCGGUGGCAAAAUCAGCCCUCUCAUUGCUAAACUCAUCCUCCUCUAAUGGAGUGUAA